GACCGUGCUCCUCACGCUGUGGUGUGCACAUGGGUCUCCCAGGAAUUCCCUGACACGGAGACUCGAAUCGGCAGGUGGGGUGGGGGUCGGGGAGCUGAGCGGCUACUUUUCUCACGAGGUCCCCGGUGAGGCCCGUCUGUGGCUGCAGGUGGUGUGGACACGCGGCUGGAGAUGGGACCACGCUUUGAGUCCAGCUCAGACACCAAGCAGGUGGAGGGCGGAAUUCGGUUUCAAACUGCUCUGUUUUCUCUGCUCCCCACAGUAGCGUCCAUCAAGGGAUCACGCUGGGCUCAAAGCCUGCAGCCCCCUCCCUGCCAGGCUUCCCCGCUCCCCUUGGGCAGAGGUCCCCAGAGUGGCUUCCCCUCCUAGUUUCUGGGAGGCAGGGUCUUGAUUUCUGAUGGAGUCUGGAAAGGGGUGGGGAGGAGGGGGGGAGAUGAAGGCUAAGAACACCUGCCGUGUUUACAGAGCAUCCCUGGGGAUUCCGGGGCCUUCCCAGUACUCAAACUUCAGGUUACUCUGAAAUUCUUUUGUCUGCCCGGGGCUGCAUUCUUAACUGAAAUAACCACUUUGGAAGGGCUCCUCCUGGGUCAUGGCUUUUUAAGAAUUGCAAAUUACGUGGUGAAGCCACAGCCAGGCCAGGCCUGGAAUGCGGUAAAUCUGAGUCUCAGUGCCCCCAUGGUGGGGGGGGUGGGGUGGGCUUCCAGGUUCAGAGUCUGCUGAGCUCCCACAGGGAGCUGCGGGUGGGACCUCAGACACAAAGGGCACCUGUGGCCGGCCCCACGCACAGACGAGGGGGGGACCCGCGCCCCCUCUGAGGUCUCGGUCGCCUGCCGCAGGGGCGCACAAGCCCUCGUCCGUCUCUCUCUGAAUUCCACCUCGGCUGUGCUCUGAAGGAAAAUCAAUGGGAAGAUCUCAAUUAAUCACGCGGGGGCAAAUUGAUUAGGGUCCUAAAUUAGGUCAGCACUGCUGUCUGCUCAGAGGGUAGGACCCCUUAAUCACGGCUUCAUUCUUGAGACGUGGACCGCAGGCGGAGCGGAAAGAGCUGUGGGCGCUGUCUGUGGGCUCACUGGGAGGGGUAUGGAGAGGACCCCACCCCCACCCCCUGGACCCUGGUGGCAUCAGAGCUCUGGAUGCCUGCCCAGGCUCACCCUUCCUGCACAGCGCUGGACGGUGUCCCUGCCUGAGGGAUGACAGACGCCAAGCCACAACUGCUUUAGUAGAAUCACUCUUCUCCUUCGCGCUCGACGGGAAACCAACCCAUCUGCCUUCGGCCACGAGCAUGGGGAGGUAGCCCCGACAGGGAGAUGUGCCUUCUAGACCCCCGGCCACGAAGCACCUGUGCUGGCGGUGUGCUCCUCCCUUUGUUUCAGGUGGUCUGGCUGCUAACGGAGCGCACGAGCUGGGCGGAUGAGUUCGACAGGUAAGGCUGGUACAGGUAAGCAUCAGCCGCAGCCCCCACCCGCCAAGAAUUUGCCUUCGGUUGUUCCGGACGGCUGCCGCCGCUUGGCUGAGCAGGCUUGAGGCCUUCAGCUCAGGCAGGGGAACACCCCCAGGGCCCGUGAGGCAUUCCUGAAUCCCCAGGCUCUGAGAAGCCCAGUGAGAUGGCCCCGUCUCUGACCCAAAUGGGCGCUGGGCCCGUCCCGGGCUGUGCAAGGCUUAUGUCUCCAGCCACGUUCAGGCCUGAGGGAGAACCGCAGCAGAGGUGACCAUUUCCAUCAUUUCUUCUCUGUUCCUUUCCCCCAGCACCGCACCUUGGAAGGUGGCCAGUACUUUUAAGGAGCGAUCCAAGCGAAGGCUGGUACUUUACAGGCACUUUGUAAAUUCUGUAGCAUCCUGAAUUUAUGUGAUUUGUUUGGAACACGGGAAAGGCACACAGACUUUCUGCUGACACUGCGCCUUCUUUCCCCGGGUCAGGUGUUCACGUGUCGCGGAGGCUCAGCUGGAGAACCCUGCCCUGCCCUGUGGGCAGCUGGGCGAGCAGCGGCCAGGAGAAGAGGCUGGAGGCCGAAGGCUGCUCUGACUCUGCGAACCGUCCUUUCCUCCUUUCUAGGCCGACCAGGUAAUAGUCACCUGGAUGGCAGACCAAGAUGCUAAGAGCCCCCACACCUGCCCCUGCUGCCCGCCUGGAACCACAGCUCCAGAUCUAGGUCACUGCCAACAGCGGCCUGAGUCCCCAGUGCCCAGAACAGUGCCUGGCGCCAGUAGAGCCUGGUGAGUACUUGUCGCCCAAAUGCACACACGCGCCUUCUAGACGGGUGAACUGUGUCCUCCAUGAAGAUACGUCCAAGUCCAGAACCUGGGAGGGCAACUUCAUAUUUGGACAAUGGGUCCUUGCGGGUGGAUUAAGUUACAGAUCUGGAGAUGAGAUCAUCCUAAUUUAGGGUGGGCCUGAGAUGCGGCGACAGGUGUGUCCUUGGAAGGGAGGAAGAUUUGGGACACCAACAGGUGGGGCCACCAGCAGCAGCUGGGACAGGCUGGAAGGAUCCUCCCUGUAGUCUUUGGAGGGAGUGCAGCCCUGUUGGCACCGUAAGAUAGACUUCAGGCCUCCAGACGAUGUGAGAAGACUUUUCUGUUGCUUGAGGCCCCCCUCCUGCCCAGGUUAGUCAUUUGUUACUGCCGCCGCAGGACACUUGCACACGUGCUCUGGUCCGCAGCUUAAGCCCAGCAGGACAUCUUUCCCAUGUGCCUGCCCGAGGUCACCCUACCUGGAUCUUCUUUCCUCCUGGACCCUCAGUACAUGUGGGCACGGGUUAUGGGCAUCUCUAAGGAUGGCGGGAGCCGCUAUCUCCUUGCGGUUUCUUCCUGGCCAUGGCCCCUUUGCAGGAAUCUGCCCAGGAGGGGGUCAGGGGAAAGGCAGAGAGAGGAUCAGCCAUCAGGCAGUCACUGCUGCCCCAGGGGACCCUCAGCCAGGAAGACGGCAGGUUUGUGGCGACACACAGAAGCACAGAAGCAGCACUGAUCCCUCCCAGAGAGCAGCCCACGCCACACCUGUCCAGGGCUGACUCUGGACCAUCUGCUGUAGCAGGGACGGUGCCCGUCCAGCGCCAGGGGGGCAUUUUGGAGGGUCUUGGGGGGUAGACGCCAUCCCAACCUGGCAAUUUUCAAAGGCUCAAAGGCAGAAGGCAAAUAGUUCUAAAGAACAAAACCCCUCACUGCCCCUUUGCCUGUGGAAAUGCUCCCAAGGAAACUGGAUUUUGUGAGGUUGCACUUGAGUUUCUGAAUUUAUUUAUUUAUUUAUAUAUUUAUUUUUAAAAUAUUUUAUUUAUUUAUUUAUUCAUGAGAGACACACAGAGAGAGUGAGAGAGGCAGAGACACAGGCAGAGGGAGAAGCAGGCUCCAUGCAGGAAGCCCAACAUGGGACUCGAUCCCAGGUCUCCAGGAUCACGCCCUGGGCUGAAGGGGCACUAAACCACUGUGUCACUGGGGCUGCCCUAGUUCUCGAAUUUGAUGGUGGUUUCCUCCCCAUAGCUGGCCCGGGUUGGGCAGGGGCUGGGGGUCCACGAUGAAGUGUCUCCAGGCCAUUCCACGAGCAGCUGGCCCCAGGACCCCUCUCGCUAACGAGGGGCUCACUUCCAGGGCGACUGUCCUCCCCCUGUUGCCCUGGCCUGAUGGGCUCUCAGGCAGGACUCGUCAGAGCUUUUUGAAGACCCAGGUAGACUAUGUCCACUGGAUUGCUGGGAUGCCGGCCCCUUGAUUAACUUUUUAGACGGCUCCGCUGAGAUGGAGGGCCCGACUUCCCUUCAGGUGAAUCCACUCCCAUUCCGGAGAUUUACGGGGCUGGGAUUUCGCAGCAGGAGCAACCCUGAGGACAGCUGGGGAGGUCCCUGUGUCCCCCGUGCUGGUGCGGGAACCUGGACAGCUGGCUGCCCCUCUUCCCUGGAAGGAAGCGUCCUCCCCAUCUGGGUCUGGCCAGCACCUUGUCCAGCCAUCCCUGGUUCCCAUCGGCCUGCUACGUGGUCUCAUCCAGGUGCUGUUUUGGUGGGAUCGUUCAGUGAGUGGAACCUUCCGGGUGCCUUUCUCGAGGGGAUCCUUUGCCAUCAUCAGGAGUGGGACCGUCUGGCUAUGUUCAUGUAACUGGGACUGCCAGCCUGACCCAAAUGGGGUGCUGCUGGGCUGGGGUCCUGGCAAAGAGCCUCACAGCCCCGGGAUUUCCUGUGACAGGAGGGUCUCUGCCCUGCUAAGGGUGGUCCCCAGAGGUGGCUUCAGGAUGGGGGCAGGUCACCAGCCUCGGGGAUGGGGAUGGAGACUGAGUUCAAUCAAGGGGCCAGUGAUUUCAUCCACUAGGUCUACGUAAUCAAACCCUCAAACGAAGUCUGGGUACUGAGGCUGGGGCAGCAUCCCGGGUGGUGAGCCCACGGAUGCUCUGCUCUGGGACAGUGACAUGCCCGGUUCCAUGGGUGGUGGACAUGGAAGCUCCCAGCUCCCUCCGGGAUCCCGUCCUAUGUAUGUGCUUUACAAUAAAACUGAUUGUAAGUAUAUGGCUUUCCUGAGUCUAUGAGACACCCUGGCGAAUCUAGAACUGCGGGGCCGUGGGGACCCCUGAAUUUAUAGCUGGUCGGUCAGAGGAACCCAUGGUCUCUGAGACUUCCGGCUGGCGUCUGUGGGGGACAGGCCCUGGGCCUCUGGUCUAAGUCCCAGUGGUCAGUGGUGGGGCUGAGGUGCAGCUCUGACGGUGUCUGAGCCGUGUGUCGCCGGGAUCUAGGCCCCAGUCCCAGCUCUGGGUCCAGGCUGGCAAGUCGCUUCACGCCACGGGCCUUUCUGGCUCAUCUUCACGCUGAGGGGGUUGGGAUGAACGAUCCCCAAGGUGUGUCCGGUUCUGCAACCCUGGGACCACCUGUUUUCUGGUCACUUUUGCAGGAAGCUGCCAGGGGCCCCCUGCCUGGCCGUUUGGAACCUGGCUGCCACCAUUCCCCCGGGGAGAGCGAGCCACUGAGCCACGGGGACGCCCAGAGAGGGUCUGGGCGCGGAGACCCGGGAGCCGAGGGCAGGCCAGGAGGAGAAGCCGAAACGUCCACGUGUAGGAGAAAACACGCGGCCCCAGCUUCAGUUCUGAUGGGCUUUCCAGGGUCCCGUCCGCCAUCGCCCCAGCUGCAGGCUUCCCCUGCACACGUCACGGCGCCCUCUGUCUCAGGCCUUGCCGCUCCUCUCUCCUCCAGCCUCACACCCCAUACUGCACCAGGGUGGCAUGUGGACGCUCAGGUCAGCGGGGUUUCCCGGGUCCUCCAGCCCAGCUCUGGCCGACCCCACGUCGCCUCUGCACUGACCCCGGUGCUUCCUAGCCCCCUGCACCUCUCCCCACCCCAUCCCAGGCCCAGAGACCCCCCUUGUUACAAAGCUCUCCCUGGGAACGACGGGGAUCCGCGUGCCACUGAUGUCCCUACGGUCCGAGCUCUGACCUCUGGACCGCAGAGGGAGGUCCAGUUCAAUGCCUUCCUCCAAGACAGACCUCUGGUCCUCACCCAGCUCGGGGCUGGCUUCUCACGGCGCCCGGCCCGGCCUGCGGUGUCAACAGGUGUGGCUGCUCGUACCCCGAGCUCUGUGCCACAGCUCGUAGGCUGGGCCUCCUCCAGCUUCACAGGACGGGAGACAGCUGCUCCCUGGGACCCACUGUGGGGCGGCACCCAUCCCACGUCUCCCCUCCUGGGCACCGGGCCACACUCCGGCGGCGGCCUGCCCUCCUGUUCUCAUCCCUCUGCCUCCUCGCCCUCGGCCUGUGAGCCUGUCUGCACUGUGCUGCCUCCUGCUCUCUGCCAGCAUCUGCCCCCCACCGUUCCCCUCCUGGAGGAUGCCAACCUCCCACCUCACGGUGUCAGCUUCCUCCUGUGCCCCCUGUCCACCGCCACACCCUUCCUCGUCAGCCUUAGAUGUUGUUCCAGGGCGAAUAACAUCCACCCCAAACCCGUGUCCGCCUGGAAUGUCAGCAUGUCACCGUAGCUGGAAACGGGGGUCUCUGCAGACGGGACCGGUCAGGCUAAGAUGUGGUCCUGGUGGAUGAGGGUGGCCCUCAAUCCACUGACUGGGGUCCUCAUCAGGGCAGGUUUGCACAGAGGUGCAGACACACGGGCUCCCUCGGGGGUGACAGCCAUGUGAAGGCAGAGGCAGUCCAGGCACGCCGUGGUUCGCCGGAAGCCACCCAAGGCUGCAAGAGGCCAGGACGGGCUCUUCCCUGACCUCUGGAGAUCGCUGGGCCCUGCUGACACCCUGAUUUCAGAUCUCUGGC